UGUCCCCGGUGCCAACCAGUUGCGAAGGCAUUUUGUGAAUGUGUCCGUCAGCCUCAACCUCGCUUGAUGCUAACCCAGCUAGCUUUUCAGCUUCUCCCCACUCGAUCACGCAGCCACCUCAAACGUGCUCUUCAAUGUCAUAAGAGGUGACAUGGAGCUACGUUUGACAUGUUUCGACGGCCUAUCAAAGAAUUAAUUCGUUGCCGGCUAUCUUUGGCUAUUGCUGAGAAGCGAAUGAGCGCACAAAGCGGUAGCUGCUCGUUAGCGACGGUCGCUAACUAAACGGGAGGAAGGAAUGAAUCACAAGAGCAAGAAGAGAAUUAAAGAGGCCAAACGCAGCGCCAGGCCUGAGUUGAAAGACUCGUUAGACUGGAUCAAGCACGCUUAUCAUGACACUUUCAACGUGUCGCACAGCUCCGUAAAGGACAACGUCGAACGAGUGGAUGCGCUCCGUCUGAGCCCAGAAGACUUCAUCGAGGGCUUCGAGAGGCCCUACAAGCCUGUGGUUCUCCUCCGCUGUCAGGAGUCCUGGGCAGCGCGGCAAAAAUGGACUUUGGAGCGCCUGAAACGCAAGUAUCGCAACCAGAAGUUCAAAUGUGGCGAGGACAACGACGGCUACUCGGUGAAGAUGAAGAUGAAGUACUACGUGGAGUAUCUGGAGAGCACCCGCGACGACAGCCCUCUUUACAUCUUCGACAGCAGCUACGGCGAGCACGCCAAACGCAGAAAACUGCUCCAAGACUACCAGGUGCCGGUCUUCUUCACCGACGAUCUCUUCCAGUUUGCCGGAGAGAAGCGGCGGCCGCCCUACAGGUGGUUUGUGAUGGGCCCCGCUCGCUCCGGCACUGGCAUCCACAUCGACCCGCUAGGCACCAGCGCCUGGAACGCUCUGGUCCAGGGCCAUAAGAGGUGGUGCCUGUUCCCCACCAACACACCCCGAGACCUCAUCAAGGUGACCCGAGAGGACGGGGGCAAUCAGCAAGAUGAGGCCAUCACCUGGUUCAACGUGGUCUACCCCCGCACGCAGCAGCCCGGGUGGCCUGCCGAAUUCCGACCGCUGGAGAUCCUGCAGAGACCCGGAGAGACUGUCUUUGUGCCUGGCGGCUGGUGGCACGUGGUGCUCAACCUGGACACGACCAUCGCCGUCACGCAGAACUUCGCCAGCACCACCAACUUCCCCAUCGUGUGGCACAAAACCGUACGAGGGCGCCCCAAACUGUCCAGAAAGUGGUACCGGAUCCUGAAGCAGGAGCGACCUGACUUGGCGGCGCUGGCCGACCGCGUGGACCUGCAAGAGGCGACGGGCAUCGCUUCAGACAGCUCCAGCGACUCGUCGUCCUCGUCUUCGUCCAGCGGGUCGGACUCGGACUCGGACGCCGAGUCGUGUUCGGAAGGUGAGGCGGCAUCCCACCGCAGGAAGAAGAGACGCACGUGCGCUGCGGUGGCCAACGGAGACGCCUGCGGUCAGGACGACUGCCUGAGCAAAGAGAGGAGCUCGUCGCGCUGAUGGAUGCCGUGUUGGGCAGAACAGUUUUUUUUGUAUUUUUUUUUUAUACUCUUCGGUGGUAAAGACGUUACUGCGGCGGAGAUGUUUAAGCUUGCUUCGGGAAGCACACGUGCCUUGUCAAACGUAGUUUGUGUUGAUCAAUAAAAUGUUUUGUAAGAUUGGAAUGACGCUGAGUGACGUCACGAUCCAUUUGACCACCAGGUGGCGACCUGUUAGGCAAGGUGUCCAAACGAUGGCUCUGUUUUAUGGAUACGGCCCCCAUUAUUAGCCUGGAUCGUACUACAGUAAUCCCUCGCUAUAUCGCGUUUCACCUAUUGCGGAUUCAGUGCAUUGCAGAUCUUUUUUUUAUCAUAUUGAUAUUGCUGAUAAUUCACUGUGAUGGGAUUUCUUUGUAUUUUUUUUUUUAUUGUCAUGGUAAAAUAAGCAUUUUCUAGCUCAAAAUAUAUUUAAAAAAAACAUUUGGGAAAACAAUACAAGGAAUAAAAUACCUGUACAAAAGCUCAGUUGUGCUGAGAGAUGAGAUUUUUUAGUGUCUUUGAAUGCAUCUCUGUGCGUGAGGGUGAUCCGAGAGAAUUUGUUGACUGUAGGUCUCACAGUAACCGCGUUUCGUUACUUUAUCAAUAAAUGUGAGCUAAAUGGA